CUCCCCCCUCCUCCGCACUCCUCCUCGGCGGCGUCCCGGUCCGGCAAGCCGCUCGGCCGGGUGGGGCGUGUGUGUGUCGCUGGGAGGCCUCCGCCCCAUCAUCCAGGCAGGGCCGCGGAAGCGGAAAAGGUCCCUCGGCGCGCAUGCGCGGGUCUCCAUGGCGAGACAAGGGGGCGAGAGAGACGGAGGAGGGCGGCAGCCGAGGUUUGGGCGAGGUGGCGUUGAAGAAUCAGGGCUCCGGAUCCAGGCUCUGGUCUUCUGAUGCAUAACGAAGUGAAGAAAUGAAGGGACAGCAGAAAGCGACUGACACGGAAGAGGGAACCGUGCAAAUCCAGGAAGGUGCAGUAGCGACAGGUGAGGACCCCACCAGCGUGGCCAUUGCCAGCAUCCAGUCGGCUGCCACCUUUCCCGACCCCAACAUCAAGUACGUCUUCCGGACAGAGAAUGGGGGCGCUCAGUUGAUGUACAGGGUAAUUCAGGUAGCCGAGGGACAGCUGGACGGGCAGACGGAGGGCACGGGGGCCAUCAGUGGCUAUCCCGCAACACAGUCCAUGACGCAGGCUGUCAUCCAGGGGGCGUUCACCAGCGAAGAUGCCGUGGAGACGGAAGCCACGGCCACGGAGACCCACUACACCUAUUACCCUGCCACCGCCGUGGCCGACACCAGCACGUCCACUGGGGCGGGGACCACGGCGACGGCCGUGGUGACGACCCAGAACUCAGAGGCCCUGCUGGGGCAAAGCACUCCGACCGGCACAGGGCAAUUUUUUGUCAUGAUGUCGCCGCAGGAGGUUCUGCAGAGCGGGACGCAGAGGUCCAUUGCGCCCAGGACUCACCCCUACUCUCCGAAGUCUGAGGCUCCGCGGACCACUCGGGACGAGAAGCGGCGAGCGCAACACAACGAAGUGGAGCGCCGGCGCCGGGACAAGAUCAACAACUGGAUCGUGCAGCUGUCCAAGAUCAUCCCGGACUGCUCGAUGGAGAACACCAAAUCUGGACAGCCUCUCCUUCCCCUGCAGAGCAAAGGAGGGAUCCUGUCCAAAGCCUGCGACUACAUCCAGGAGCUGAGGCAGAGCAACCUCCGUCUCUCGGAAGAGCUUCAAGGCCUUGACCAGCUGCAGAUGGACAACGAGGUCUUGCGGCAGCAGGUGGAAGAUCUGAAGAACAAGAACCUGAUCCUGCGAGCACAGCUGCGUCAGCACGGCGUGGAGGUCAUCAUCAAGGACGCCCACUGAUCCUCCGGGGCCAGGGAGGACCCUGCCCAGGUGGCCACGCUCUUCAGCACAGCGGAACAGUGCGGUCUGUUGCCGGCCGGGUGCCUCCCAGCCGGGCUCCCUCUUUUUGGCAUACAGGACCCAGAGCACAGCGCCCUGGGGCUGGGGCGGGGCAGGGGCUCGGGCUCUGUCGGCACCCCCUCCCCUUGUCCUUGCCCCUCUGAGCCGGGCGCUGCCUCUCGCCAGCGUCCACUCGGUCUGCAUCGCCCAGACCGACUUGCCCGGGUGGUGUCCUCCCUCCUUCCCUCCCUCCCUCCCGUCACUGCAGUUGCUUGGCCUGUGCGCACGAGAGACCCAACCUGCCAAGUACGUGCAUGCAUGCAUUUUCUCACGUAGACGAGCUGCACGUCCCCUCCCAGACCCCUUCGCAGUGCCCACAUCUGUUAAGCAGAAGAGCUGAAGCUGGUCCAGCCCCUGCUGGGUGACUCCGCUCUGCCUGUUGCCCCCUGGCUCCUUUGGCCCUGACCCCUGGCUCCUUUGGCCCUGACCCCUGGCUCCCUUCCACCGCAGAGAGCUGCCGCCUGGCUCUGCUUCCGCCCUCCCGGCCGCAGGACGGGGACCCCGAAGCCUGGCCCUGACUGGGCUGGGGGCGAGGAUGGCACCGCCUCUCUUGACUCUGCUCCCCAGAAGACAGCGGACUUUUGCUCUCGAGCUGUGGAGGCAGAGCGGCCGGCAGGUGCCAGUGGCCUGGGAUUCGGUGGGGCUUCUGGGCGGGGUGGUGGUUUUUCUUCUCUUUCUCUCUUUUUUAAAAUAAAUAAGUCUCUGAAUUAAAGCCA